UUUACGGAUCACGGAAGUUCCCUGAUUUAAAUUUUUGAUCAUUAUUUUCAAGGGAUUCGCCGACCAAUCAUUCGUUCAAAAUGAUUUUAUUAGAGAUUAACAACAAAAUUAUUGAAGAUACGCUUUCUUUAAAGUUCGCUAAUGCAGCGGCUGGAGUAAAGCAUGAGUUAAUUGAAGUGACAAUUGCUGAUUUUGAUGGGGUGCUCUAUCACAUCUCUAAUCCAAAUGAUGACAAAUCAAAAAUUAUGGUCUCUAUAUCCUUGAAGUUUUAUAAAGAUCUGCAAGAGCAUGGGGCUGAUGAUUUGAUUAAGAGAGAAUAUGGACAACUACUGACGACUAAUGAGAAAGGCUAUAAUGUCUCAAUCCUGUUUGACUUGAACAACCUUCCAGCCAAUAAGGAAGAGGCGAUUAAGAAGGCCGGCCUACUCAAGAGGAAUUGUUUUGCCUCCGUCUUUGAGAAGUACUUCGAGUACCAACAGAAAGAACAGAACAGCCAGAAAAGGGCUGUUAUUAAUUACAGGGACGAUGAGACUAUGUACGUCGAGGCAAAGAAAGAUAGGGUAACAGUAAUCUUCAGUACUGUUUUCAGGGACGUGGAUGACGUCAUAAUUGGCAAGGUCUUCAUGCAAGAGUUCAAAGAGGGCAGGAGGCAGUAUCAACAGGCCCCUCAGGUGUUAUUCAACCACAAAGAACCACCAUUGGAGCUGCAGAACACGUCUGCAAAAACAGGAGAUAACAUUGGAUAUAUAACGUUUGUAUUGUUUCCCCGACACACGAGUCUGGCAGCCAGAGACAACACCAUAAACUUGAUCCAUACACUCCGCAAUUAUCUCCACUAUCACAUUAAAUGUUCUAAGGCGUAUAUCCAUGCUAUGAUGAGGGCCAAGACCAACGACUUCUUGAAAGUUCUAAACAGGGCACGACCCGAACCGAAAACCGUCGAGAAGAAAAUAAUUGGGUCGGUCCAUUUUUUUUCUCGAUUUAUAAUUGGCUACCGCUGUUAA